CGGAAGUACAGACCGUUGUUUUGCCAAACGGUACCUCGGAUGCUAGAACCGAAAGCCGAACGGCUUCUUAUUAAAUUAAAUCUGUAACUAUAAACACUUAAACAACACUCAUGGUCAGGAUGACCCAGAAACACUGCCUGGAGGGCCAGGUGUACUCAGUGCCUCUCAUCCAGCCCGACCUGAGGAGAGAGGAAGCCGUCCAUCAGAUAGCAGAUGCAUUACUCUACUUAGAGACCAUCUCUACAGAUAUAUUCAAAAGGGUGUCAGACAGUGUAGAGAGGAACCGCCGGCAGCUGCAGAGCGUCACUGACCGGAUCAGGCUGGCUCAGGCCCGCGUCGACAAGAUCAAAGGCAGCAAGAAGGCCACCAAGGUUUUCUCCAGUGCCAAAUACCCGGCCCCAGAUCGACUUCAGGAUUACACAUCUAUCUUCAUUGAAGCUGUAGACCCCUCCUCACAAACUCGCCCUCGACACAGGAUACAGAAUAAACUGCGACCCUUUGAUGAGAAGGCUUUGCAGGAGAAAUUGAUGUAUUUCCCAGUGUGUGUGAACAAGAAGAAGAGGUCUGAGGAUGAGACAGAAGAGGGCCUGGGCAGUCUGCCACGAAACAUCUCCUCCGUCAGCUCCCUGUUGCUUUUUAAUACCACAGAGAACUUAUAUAAGAAGUAUGUAUUCCUUGAUCCUCUGGCGGGAGCAGUGACAAAAACACACACAACACUGGAAACGGAAAAAGAAGCAAAACCGUUUGACGCACCGCUGUCCAUCACGGAGGGACAGCAGCUGGAGAGACAGACGGCAGAGUCCUACUUCUAUGUGCCAGACCUGGGCCAGGUGCCGGAGAUAGACGUGCCGUCCUACCUGCCUGACCUGCCAGGCAUCGCAGACGACCUGUCCUACAGCGCAGACCUGGGGCCAGGCUUUGCCCCGUCAGGACCCACACAAAACAUCCCUGAUCUGCCCAGCUUCUCUGAGGAGAGCGACGCACAUGGAUUUCACCUCCAACCUAAUGUUCCACCUCCUCCACCACCUCCCCCUCCUCCUGAGCCUGCCCCCCAGCCAUUCCUGCAGGAGCUCCCCCUCCUCCCUCCACCUCCACUGCCCCCCCCUCCUGUUGACAGCCCCACAAAAGCCUCUCGGACGUCAAGUUCAGCUGCAGGCCCUGUGGCCGGUACUCCCUCCAAGGUGGUCGAGCCGCCAGACGGACGUGCAAAUCUCCUCGAAUCCAUCCGCAACGCCGGAGGCAUUGGCAAAGCCAAGUUACGAGACAUUAAAGAGCGCAAGAUGGAGAAGAAGAAACAGAAGGAGCAAGAGCAAGCGGUGGCAGCGGCAUCUAGUGGUGGAGACUUUAUGUCGGAUCUCUUCAACAAACUUGCCAUGCGAAGGAAAGGUAUCUCUGGGAAGGGGCCAGCGGGGGGGGAGUCGAGCGACGCGCCCGCUGGGGCCGGGGGUGCUUUUGCCAGGAUGUCAGAUGUCAUCCCACCACUUCCUUCCCCACAUGCUACCACAGAUGAUGAUGACUGGGAAGCAUAACCUGAAGGACAAUGAACACUGAUAAUGAAAGCAUUUGAUAGUCCUGAAUAAUUUGUUCUAUUCAAAGGUCUUACAUGUUCCUACAUCACCUAUUAUACAAAAAAGUUGUGAUGCUAACAGAAGCUUUUAGUGUAAAUGGCCAAUAAUUGGCUUCAUAACGAUAAGUGCAUUGAUUUGUCCAUGGAAAACAAACUAAAACGACUAAAACUCCAAUAAUAAAGCAGUUUAUUGAUAAUGUUCAUUGUAAAAUAUUUUCAUAACAUUAAAAAGGAGAUAAAAGAAUGCUUUUAAAUUCAUCGAACCAUUUCAUCAACACCUUAACAUUAAAUUAACGUAACUAAACAUUUCCUUUAAAUUAUUAAUAUAUUUUUCAAGAGUAAACAAAACAAUAUCUGAAAGCAAAUAAAAACAACUUAUUGAUAAUCAUAUUCAUUGUAACACAUAAUUCACAAGCAAAUAUUAUUAUAACACUCACUCAAAUCAUCGAACCUUUUUACUAACAUCUCAACCUUUAAUAAACGUAAUUUCUGCGUUGAGUAACAUUUAACAUCGAACGCUUUAAAUAUUCAAGGCUGAAUUCAAGACAUUGAACGACUUAAUUACCCGAGUCGUAUGAUAAAUGUCUCUUUGUCUACAGUGUGCCAUCAUAUACUUGUAUUCAUCCUUCUCGAAAUGGUCGUAAUUUCUCUAAAGCAGAGACAUGAGCUAGCCAAGACAGAGCACAAGAAAUUGAUAGGAUAUGAAACGUAAAAUAAAUCAAGUUGGAUCAAACUGU